UGGUGCAAGUCGCUAGGAGCCUAGGAGAGAGUGUGUGGGGAAGAGAGAGAUAGACAGAGGGGGUGGGGGGAGGAGAGAGAUGGAGAGGCACAGACGCAAGCGAUAGGAAUUAAACAAACAAAAGCAGCCGUAAGAAAAAAAAAGAAAGGCGAGCAAGAGAGAGAAUCCAAGCAAACCAAACCCCAAGGAGGCCAAGACGCGGACGGCAGCAGCCAUGCCGCGGUCGCCGUCGCCGGAGAGGCACCAGUCCGUGCGCCGGAGGGGCGGCGGUUCCCAGAUGCUGCUCCACCACCACCAACACAGACGCCGCUCGCCGUCGCCGCCGCCCCGCCGCUCGCUCCGCCCACGCCGCGCCGCCGCCGCCUCCACCCGCCCUCUUGUCGACGACUUCUUCCCCUUCCCCUCCUCGCCCUCCUCGUCGCCUUCCCGUCCCCGUCAGCGGAGGACGUCGCCGGAGCCAUCCAGCUCCGACUCUGGCGGCGGCGGCGGCUCCUCUGCCUCCGACCGCCGCCGGCGUAAGCUCAAGCUCGUCGUCAAGCUCUCCCAGCUCCCCCCGGACCAGAACCACCGCCGGGCCCCACCUCCCCCCUCGUACUCGGACGACUCCGACGGGGAGGAGCUGGUGGGCGAGGGCGGCAGCGGCGACGAGGAGCAGGUCAAGCCGCCAAAGAAACGCCGGAUCGAGCAACGCGGCGACAGAUCUCGCCAUCGCGAAGUGGGACAUGCCGCCGGAUUAGUCGCCAGCGUUGCCUUCGCUUCACCGCGCAGCUGGUUGCUAACGCUAGAUCUGCUCUUCUUGCAGGUUGGCGGCGGGAGGAGCGACGCCGCGAGCGCGCCGCGGACGAAGCGGCUGCCGGUGCCAGGGACCGCGAGGACGACGCCGCUGCCGGACCGGAAGGCGCUGGAUAUGAUUCUCGACAAGCUGCAGAAGAAGGAUACAUACGGAGUGUUUGCGGAGCCAGUGGAUCUGGAGGAGUUGCCUGACUACCAUGAUGUGAUUGAGCACCCAAUGGACUUCGGUACCGUCAGGAGGAAGCUUGCCAGAAACGCAUAUCGCUCAUUCGAGCAAUUUGAGGAUGACAUCUUCUUGAUUUGCAGCAACGCGAUGCAGUACAAUGCACCUGAUACAAUUUACUUCAGACAGGCCCAUUCCAUACAAGAGCUGGCGAGAAAGAAGUUUCAGGAACUGAGGGAUGAGGGCAUACCUACAGAAAACCAGAUAAAGAGUGAACAUAAAGUUAGGCCAAACUCUUGCAACAGAGAACCGAUUAAGAAGCCUGUUUUGAGGUAUUCGGAUGAUGAUCUAGGCUUCCUAUCCCGAAAAGAGCAAUUUAAGAGACCCAAUUCAAAAAAUUCGGAAGAUGAUAUAAGCUUCAAAGAUCAAGUUAAGAAACCCAUGUUCAUGAAUUCACAGAAUGAAAGUUCCAUAUUCCACAAAGAGCGAGUUAAGAAACCCAUCUCCAGAAAUUCAGAGGAUGAUAAGAAACUGAUCUCCAAAAAUUUGGAGGAUGAUCGGAGCUCCUUAUUUGGCAAAGAGCAAGUCAGGAAAGUCAUUUCCAGAAAAUCAGAAAAUGAUGAAAGCUCCUCUGUCCACAAACAGCAAGUCAAGAAGCUCACUUCCCAGAGUUCAAAAGGUGACUUCUCAUCCCAGAAAAAACACAAUAGGAAGCCAAUUUGCAGAAAUAGAGAAGAUCCAGACUUCUCCUCUGGCAAAGAUCCAGUUGAGAAUCCCAUUUGCACGAAUGUUGAAGAUGCAGGCUUCUUAUCCACAAAAAGGGUAGCUGAGAAGCCUGUUAGUAGAGACAGAGAGGACCUGGGUCAUUACCGUGAGGAGUCAUAUAAGAAACCUAGAUGUAGAGAUGGGCAAGAUGAAGUAGGUUACUCAUGCAACAAAGAGGCUGUUAAGAAGCCAGUUCGUAUGAACAGCCAAGAUGCCCUCGGUUCAGAUGUCUCCGCCGCAACCAUUGCUUCUGCAGGAGAUGGCUCUAAUGGCUUAAUCAUGUCACAGGACAACACUAAUGAACCUGCAGGUUGUACUGUAGCCAAUGGGUUUCUGGACAAAGAUAUCAGCUCUCCACUAGAUGAGAUCAGAUCUGAGAAGACUGAUGAUAUUUCGGCUAAGCCUAGCUACAAAUCAAUUGUGGUAGAUGAGACUAGACGGAAAACUUAUGAUACAUCUGAAGAACAGCCUUCAUUGGAAUCUGACCCAAUUUUUGACGUUUUCUCUGCAGAACCAAAAGAGCUCAUUAAUGUUGGACUUCAGGCUGAGCACUCAUAUGCAUAUGCAAGAAGUCUGGCUUGUUUUGCUGGUUCGCUUGGCGCUCAAGGCUGGAGAAUUGCUUCUGAGCGCAUUCGGCAAGCAUUACCUGCUGAAGUAAAGUAUGGUCGUGGUUGGGUUGGAGAAUAUGAGCCUCCAUUACCGUCUAUUCUUGUUGUGAACGAUCAAUCUAGAUAUCUGAAGAGCUCUGAGGCAAACAUGCGAAGGAAUGCUUCUCUGCCUAGAGAUAAUGAAAGGCUUCGACCAACUGAAAGUAAUAAUUCAAAGGAUAUGAGUUUGAGUCUACUUAACCGGAUAACCACUAGCAAUAAUGUAGUUGGAGUGCCUGGGCCACUUGAGAGUCCAGAAUUUAAACCAAGAUUAUUUGGAGUUACUGCUGAGCCCCAACACAGGAGCACUGACACAUUAUCACCGCAUGAGAAUCACAGAGUGUCUGGUAAAGUUGCAAAGACCAAAAGAACAACAAAUGACAAAAUGAGAAAAGGCAACUCAUCCUCCAGUUUCCGCGCUCUUGAAAUGCAAUCACAGAAGUCUGAAUUUUCAAAACGAGCUUCUUCUGGUGUGCUUGAUGUGCCUGCCUUGGACAAAAUGGCUGGCCAGCCUAGACCAUUUUUCCAACCACCAGAAUCAAUUAGAACUCAGCAGAUGGGAAAAAUUGACUCACCGAAAAUCAGUAUCCCAAUUGAAACAGCACCACAGCGGCUUGAGUGUGUGAAAGGUGCUUCUUCUGGUGGGCAUGAUAUGCCUUCCUCAAACGGGCUGCCUAAACCCUUCUUCCAGACACAAGAAGCAACUGUACCACAGCCCAGAAAUGAAGCGACGUGGGUGUACCGUGGACGACCUGGUGAUGGAAAGGUUGGAACAUCCAACAAAAGCAGACCAUCCACCAGUGUUGGAUUCAUCUCUAAAAAUCAAGUAGUAAAUGCUGCAAAUUUUGCCAUGAAUGUGAAUGGGCAAAAGAAUAUCAAUGACCAUGUAAAAUCAGUGGGAUCAACUGCAAUACCUGGCCAGGCAAAUAUACCAAAUAGAGGUCUUGAUGCUCCCCAGAAUAUUUUCUCAGCAUUUCCAGCAGCUGUUAGGGAGAACCAGAGCAUUCCAUCUGCUCCAGCAGUUCAAUCUUGGAUCUCAUUUGGUCCUUCAGAGAACAAACCAGCCAUUGACAGUAAUUCUGGUUGGAAGAUGCCGUUUGCAAACGCCCAUCCUUCUGAUGAUGCUAAAAUGAGUGCUGUUCCUCAGUUCUUUAGGCAACCUGUUCAGGUAGUUAGAGAAAGCCCGGCUCAAAACAAGGGAUUGGUGAUAUUUCCCCAGUUGGUCCAGACAGAUUUCUCGAGAUCACAGGGCCAACCACAAUGGCAAGGACUGGUUCCCCACAUGCAACAGAAACCUAGCAAGGAUGUACUCCGCCCAGACUUGAACAUUGGGUUCCCAUCUCCAGGUUCACCGUCAGCUCGACAGUCAUCUGGCAUCAAUUUGGAAGCACAACAGCCAGACCUUGCGUUGCAGUUAUGAGCUGGAAACAGACAAUGUGUACAUGCGACCACUAGGUUGUAUGUCAGAAACACUAAAGCAUGCAAAGACAUGCGGAGCUCAGACACCAAACAGCGCGAAAACAGCAUUGGGACAUCCAUUAUAUGGCCCAGCAACAAUGACAGGGAUGGGAAUUCACAUGUCAAAUGGCAUGUUGCGACUCAUCAAACCAUCCCUCCGCUGUACAAAGAUAUCAGAGAAUGGAUGGAUGAACACUGCUUGGAAUUAAAUCAUGCCGUCUAUUGGGGUCAUUUUGACCGGAGCUCAGAAUCUAGCAUUUGGAGAAAUGCUUUGGUGGCAUAUUUGUAGGUAGCAUACUAGCAUGUCCAUGAUCCAGAUACUUGGGGCUCUCCUCUGACCACACUACAGCUUUCUUCGGUGGAAAUUUUGGCACCAGAAUUUAGGACAUAUGGUUCAUUCAGUAGCGUAGGUUCCGUGGUCAACCUGUGUAAUGCCCAUAUCACAAUGUAUGUUGGAUGUAAAUGGCUCAGCAUUGAAUAGAUUGUUAGAGUAGAGCAGUGGCCAGUGGCCUUUACCUCUUCUGAAUGAAGUUGCUUCUUUUU